UAGUAGUGGUUGCGCUUGGUAUGACGAAGUAAUUUAAUGGUAGCGCGAUUAGGAUAGUAGAAGAGGAAAGGGUAAUAUACGAAUUGAAUCGUUUUAUACACGCUACACGGUUUCGAUCAUACACAGUACAAGGGAUCGAUCAGUCACGAGUCAGGCGUACUUCCGAACAGUCAGAUCAGGCUCAAAUGCUUUCUAAGAUCAAAGAGAUUGAUAAACGCAUCGAUCGCAUUUCCUCCGUCGGCAAUACGGUCAAGGAUCUGAACGAAUUUAUACUUGUUACAUCGUCAUUUCGAGCUGUCGCCAAGCUAUGUUAAAUAAAUUUUGGAGUUAUGAAGUCUUACAAAAAUACUUUCACACAAAAACAGAGCCACCUCAUGUACAACUGUUUUCCCAACCAAAAUGUCAAAUGUACGUGGCUACGUGGUAUUUGCUUUAUCGUUGGUUGAUCUUCGUCGCCUGGAUCAGUAUUAUCAUCUGCUCGAUUUUCGAAUUUGGAAGUUAUGAACCUCUCUUCAAAUGGCAAAAAUGGUCAAUUUAUUUGACGAAUUGGGAUUUGCUAUUAGGAGUAACACAAGCAUUUUUAGGAGCCUUAAUAGUUUCUAAAAGAUGGAGACAACAAAAGGAUGCAGCUUUCAAUCCUUAUGAUAUGAAAUUAACGAUGCUAGAAAAGUCCUAUUGGGUUUUCUAUACUGUGACAUCUACUUUAGCUGUAGGUGUAACUAUUACUUAUUGGACUGCAGUAUACAAUCCUAAGAUUCAUCAUAUAGAUCCAUUAAAUAUCUUAUUACAUAUUUGUAACAGUAUUUUAAUGUUCUUAGAUCUAUCUAUCACAAGUGUUCCAUUAUAUAUGAAAAAUGUUUGGUGGUGCCUUAUCAUAAUAUUAUUUUAUAUAAUAUUUUCCGUAAUAUAUUACGCAGCAGGUGGCCUGGAUAAAAAUGGAUAUCAUUAUAUCUACAAAAUUCUUGAUUGGGAAAAGCCAGGUCAAACGUUAUUGAUAUGUAUAGGUGGUAUGGUGUUUGUUAUAUUAAUGCAUUUCAUACUAUGUCUUCUUGGUAAUGCCAAAGACUGCUUGUAUAUUAGAAUUACUAAAAAACUUCACGAUAUUCCUUCAACGACAAAAAUCGAUUUCACUGUAACAAAAAAAGAAGCAGAAAUUGUUUGAUUAAUCAAAUAUUUGAAGUAAGUUAAUGUAUUGAUAUUUAAAUGCACAUACUUGAGAAGUGUUGAAGCAUUCCUAUUAUCAGUUUAUUCCAAUAGUUUUCAUCUGAUAUGAAAGUUUGAAUUAAGUAUUAUAGUACAUUAUAAAUUUAUCUUACUAUUGAUAUCUUAAAACUAAGUUUUGUUUAUAACAGUCUCAAUAUUUCACAAUGAUAUUAGAAUAAUGUGUAAGAUCAGUUCCAACAUGUAUGUUUAUUUAUAUGGAUCUUUUUUCUUUUAUCAGCAAUCAAUAUUGUCUUAUAAUGGCAUUAUCAGGCGAAUUUGAAAACUAUAUCUAUCAUACAAUUCAUUCAUACUUCCUUUCAUUUAUCUAUUCAUCAAUGCAUCAUUUCAUAACAUUAUUGCAAAAAUGAUUUUGCAUACCUCGCUUUAUAAUAAAUUUUAGAAUAGUCAUUUUUCAAAUAUUAUAUAAAAACAUGUACUUUGUACGUGCAUAAAAAAGUUCCUUGACUUCGUAGAAAAGUAUUCAUUAUUAUAAUCAAAUAAGUGAUUGUAACAUUAAUAUUUAAUCUUAAUUUUUGUAUACAUUUAUUCAACGAACAUCUAACCAUUGUCAAAAAAAAUUUCAUAUAGAAAAAUAAAAUAAGAAGUAGACUAUAAUUUUUAUGAAAAAAUAUCAACAAUUUAUUAAUAAAAUAACGAUGUGUAAAGCAAUUAUGGACUGUUAUACAAAUAAAUCGUGGGCUCAAAACGGCCCUCAAUCACAGACCA